AUGAGCUCUCCGAUCUUGUGGGAGAACCAUGACCGAAGUGUGGUAUUGAUUGACAUUCCUCGAUCCAUUGCGGCGGCGCAGGGCAGCCAUGAUCAUCCUUGUUCCGAUUCUCUUCUAUCUACUGAGCCUUCGACACGGCCAUUUGUGACGAAUGAGCCCAAGACGGCUGCAGCGAAAGCAAAGCUAGUGCAGAAUACUACCGAUGCAGGUAUUGACUUGGAGUAUCAGGGAAUCAUACAGGCGGCACUGCGAGAUGUGAACGAUAACUACAAGGGCGAUUGGUGUCUUCCUCGCCCUUUCGUUGUACCAUCUACGGUCAAUGGACCCGGAGAGAAAAGAAAGCAUUGUGUGGGAGAUGAUUUGACUAAUAGUAAUGCUGUGGUGCAGGCCAUCGAACCGGAGCUACCUCACGAUCUUCUGGCCUCGUGCGACUCCAUCUCACGCUCGACCGCGAGCUGUCAGGAAUGCCCAGAUGACGAUCCGUCCUUCCACUCCAAUUGCUACUCAUCAACCCAAAGUAUUGAGAUCCAGCACGUUCCCGAAGAUGGCGAACGCAACGUACACUCCUUCCGCAUCCCACUCAAAGCGACCUUCUCCCUCUCCGCCUGCUCCUCGUCGCAAUCAUUCAUGAACGGCAUCCGAAACCAAGCCCAAACCCACUCCACCCGGCGACACUUCGACAUAAUACUGCUCGACCCACCAUGGCCAAAUCGUUCAGUCAAACGCGCUCGCAAGUCUCCGGGUUCAAGCUAUGCGACUUCGAGUUCCCUCCACGACAUAUAUCAGCUCCUUGCAGGCAUGGAUCUGGACAUGCUGAUGUCCGAGGAAUGUCUUGUGGGCAUUUGGAUCACGAAUAAAUCUAGAAUCAGGGAUCUUGUUUUGGGAGAUGAUGGUGUGUUUGCCAUGUGGGGAUUGAGGUUAGAGGAGGAGUGGAUUUGGGUGAAGACUACGAGUGGUGGGGAGCCUGUUACUCCGAUUGACUCUGUGUGGAGGAAGCCAUAUGAGACGCUGUUGAUAGGACGUAAAGGGCGGGAGGUGGGAGAGGCACCAAAGCGCAGGGUUAUCAUCAGUGUGCCUGAUCUGCACUCACGCAAGCCGUGUUUGAAACUCCUCCUGGAACCCAUGGCUCCUCGUUCGGAUGGCUGUCGGGUACUGGAGGUCUUUGCGAGGCAUCUAGUGGCUGGGUGGUGGAGCUGGGGGAAUGAAUGUAUCAAGUUCAAUUGGGAUGGAUAUUGGCGGGCUCCAGUAGGGAACCGACGUGACGAGUCGCGGACAUGUCGGCGGCGGCCUUCGGAAGCUGAAUGCGCUUCUCAACUAUCACAGCCAGCGGAUUGCGAACGCCCAGCGGAUGAAUCGCAGUCAGCUUGA